CCCACAACCAUCGCCUCAAUGUACACGCGCAUCCUUGCAGAAGUGUCACGAUAUCGUCGCGAAGGCGCAGUAGUCGAACUCAGUUGACCUGAUCCGCUAAGAAAUUUGACAAAUCGAUCGCGACAGCUGGAAGGUCUCUGUACUUCUCCUUCGUCGCUGCCAGAGCCAAGAUGCUCGGCAAAACUUAUGUUGAUGUCCUCAACCUUUUGCAGUACGAAUUCACGCUUCCUGAGACUGAAGAAACCUGGAAGAGGCGUCAGGAUCUUCUCUCUCAACUGUGCGACAUCUUCGAAAACCGUAGGGAAAAUGUUCCCCUCCCCAAAGACUUCGUCGAAAGAGUCAAGGCCAUAUUACCAUCGAUCGUCGAAGCAGUCUCAUCCGAACGUACCACCUUAUCUUCUCAAGCCUGCCGUACCGUUUCUCAAAUUGCACGCAACCUUGACCAUCAGCUUCAGCCUCAGCUCGACAUCCUCCUGCCAGCCCUCAUUGCUCACUGCGGUUCUACCAAAAGCGUGAAUCAGAAGAAUGCCAACGAUGCGAUCUCUACCCUCUGCAAGCAUGCUGGUUACAGCUCACGUCUCUUCUACCACAUCACUGCCGCCUUCAGAGACAAGCGAAUUCCUCCCCGUACCUUUGCACCAGAAUGGUUGCGUAUCCUUUUGAGCAAUUAUCGGACACAAAUGGACGCAGAAAGGGAUGGCCAUGCUGCUCAGAAGGCUAUUUUCCAAGGCCUCACCGAUGGACAAGUCAAGGUUAGAGAGAAUUCUCGUGCAGUUUACUGGGAAUUCGCCAAGUACGAUGCCCAGGGAGCCCGCAUGAUUAUGGGCGGACUGAACUCUCAUGCUCAAGCUGCGCUCCGCGACGAUGCUCACAACCCAGACAAACCAGCCAAACCCGUUAGGGUUCCUAGGCCUGACUCAGCUCUUGCUCAGAUUAAGGCACAAUCGAAGCAACGCAUGCAACAUCGUGGUUACACACCAGCAUCGGUCAAGCAAGAUGAUUUAGCCUUUGGCUCGAUGGAGGGUAUAAAUCCCACACCUGACGAAAAGCAGUCCGCACUGAAAGCUGCCCAUGAGCAUACGAAAGACAAGCAUACUCAGGAAAUUGCUCAUCAUCCAGAGACGGUCGCAAACUCCCGCCACGGCUCUCGUCCAAACUCUCAAAAGUCGUCUAAGGACUCUAAGUUCGAAACCGCAAAAGAUACCAAGUCUGCCAGUCCUCAGACUGCACAUGGCGAUGCACGGCCACUGUUGUCUGCACCAGUCAGAAGAGGACGUAUUGUUGCUACACCCAUCGCGCCUGUGUCACAUACCUCACAUACCUCUCAACGCCCUGGUUCUCGUGGCGAACCUGGCAAGAAGACUACUGACAAGACCUCGACCGAGAAAUCGUCUGGCAGGCAAACCCCUAUCUCACACACCAACAAAGAUUCCGUCUCUUCAACUGCCAGUCAUCACCGUAAGACUGUCAGUCGUCACGACACCAUUCGAGCUGAAGCAAAGGAACUCACCACAUCCACACAUGGGACAAAUGGAAAGCGAAACGGUCGUCAGACACCAGUUAUCGCCGAAGAUAAAGAGUCACCUACUCCUGCCAACCUCGAAUCCGCAAAACGGGAUGAACGUUCAGUCCCACACGUAGUCGAAGAGAAAUACAUGUCAGCCCCUGCUGCUUACAAAGACAUUCUCAAGGAGAACGUGCCCACAGAACAAGGGCCCUUUGCCUCAACCCUGCCUCUGCGCCCCGUCCAGAUAUUCGCACCUGAAAUGCAGAUGCCGCCUCCCGAACAUCCCAGUGACAGGACCAAUCCCAUCGAAUACAUUCCUGACGGGAAGGAGAACACCAAUAUCAUAUCAAAACAAGGUCACAAAUCUCCAACCCGAUCGUCACACCAAUCACCGAGUCGAUCCCCGAAACGCUCUCCCGUCCGACGCAAUAGUAUUGCAUCUGCUAAAAAGUCACUAGCCACUGCCAUGGAAUUUCUCCGUCACGGAACGUUGGACGCAUUGGGCUAUCGCAGACUUAGAAAGCUGAUUGAAAGCCACCCAAGUGUUUUGAUCACUCGUCAAUCACAGUUCAAUGAAUUGUUUGAACUUCUAAUUUCUAACCUGACUUCCAUAGAUGAAAUCGCCGAACCACGAGAAAAGCGUAUCGGAAAUCUCAAUCAUCCAGCCUACAACAGACACACUAUGGUUAUUAUCCUUGUGGACCUCUUCAAUCAGUAUCCUCAGUAUCCGGAACCGCAUCCAGGGAUGACUUUGUGCGCGCUUAUUGUGGCGAGAAGUAAUCAUGGUUCCGGCUGGGCCUCAGCGCUGGCAGCAAUUGACAUGACUGCUCUCAACCUCUGUAACAGCACUCCACAUCCUCUCCCGGCGAUCGACGCAGUGUUGGACACGUUGCAAUCUGUCGAAGCUAUCAUCAAUGCCAGUGACCCAAUCAACACUCCUGACUCCAAUGUCACGCAACUCCUGAACAGCCUGAGGAGUGUUGCAUCUGAUUUUGGUCCUGAUAAACCUCAAUUCUCAUCCCGACUACCACUUGUUUUGGCUUUUGGCCUAAAUGUUCUCGUCUUUCUUCUAGACAGAGUCACUGCACUUGGUCAGACACUCUAUACCAUUCAGGAGGAUCGUUUGGCAUCCUACGCAGAACGUCUGCUCUCAACCUACGCGUCCCUGAUGAGACGAAACAUCAUUGACUUCUGCAGCGCUUUGCAUCAUAUCAUCAAGCCUGAGAGAAGAUUCUAUAACUACUUCAGCAAGGAAUCCGACAAGAACCUUAUUCAUUACUACGUUGCCGGUGCUUCUGGCACGCUUUCCGGCAGCUUUGGCAGCACAUCGCGCGCCGUCAUGCCAGAAGAAGACUACGAUUACAUGGAAGAGGAGCCCUCGACUUAUGACCCAACCUCACAGACAUCAGCCGAUUGGAAGACACUCGGAACUACUUUAAGGCAUGGAAUGCAUGGACAACAAAUUGGUUCGCCAAAUCUUAAUAUGGGUGUUGCUGCUUCAACUGCAGCUCCGGGAGGAUCAUCGCACAACUGGGAAGUCUUGGGGACAGCUGUCGACGAAUGAAAAAGUCUCUGUAUUAUUACCAUUAUGAUUAUGAAAGAGAUCCAGUAUCACUAGUAUCAGUCGUCUUACGAGAAGAAUUAUUACUGCCAGUGUUGGAUUAUUAGUUUUUGGGCACGGGUUAUUGAUUAGAGGAAGGAUUCGGACUCGAGGUUUAAAGUCACAUUAGAAAGGAGUCCAGGCUCCGAGAUAGAGUUGUAAAACUCGAUCGAUU